CACGCUGCUCGCCCUGGCAGGCAGCCUGCUGCUGCUGCUGCUCCUCCUGCGUCUGUUUUGGUGCCCGGCGGACGCGCCCGCCCGCUCCAGGCUGUCGGUGGAGGAAAGCGGGGAGGACGCCGGCGUUGGCACCUCAGCGGUGUUGAGGAUGCUCCAGAGCCCGACCACCCCAGUACCACAGACCAGGAGCAGAAACAGCACAUAUCUGGAAGAGAAGUCACUCCAGCUGAUAGAAAAAUGCAAAAAUCUGCAAUAUGCCUUGAACUCUCUAUUUAACAAAACAAAACGGUACUCAGAGAAUGACUAUCUUCAGAUCAUUGCAAAUAUACAGACAUGCCCGUGGAAACGGCAAGCAGAAGAAUAUGACAACUUCAGAGCAAAACUGACUUCCUGUUGUGAUGCUGUUCAAAACUUCGUGGUUUCCCAGAACAACACUCCAGUGGGGACUAACAUUAGCUACGAGGUGGAAAGCAAGAGUCAAAUCCUCAUUCGAGAGAACAUUUUCCACAUGUUCCCAGUGACCCAGCCUUUUGUGGACUACCCCUAUAACCAGUGUGCAGUGGUUGGCAAUGGUGGAAUUCUGAACAAGUCUCUCUGCGGAGCAGAAAUCGAUAAAGCUGACUUUGUCUUUAGGUGUAACCUCCCCCCAGUCACAGGGGGUGCUACUAAAGAUGUCGGGAACAAGACGAAUCUUGUGACUGUGAACCCCAGCAUCAUAACACUGAAAUAUAAGAAUCUGAAGGAGAAAGAAAGGUUUCUGAAGGAUAUUUCCAACUAUGGAGACGCGUUCCUUCUCCUGCCAGCCUUUUCCUUCAGGAUGAACACUGGCCUGUCUUUUAAAGUCCACCAAACGCUUAAAGAGUCUAAGGCGAGGCAAAAGGCUCUGUUCUUCCACCCCAGGUACCUGAAAAAUCUCGCUGUUUUCUGGAGAACUAAGGGGGUGACCGCCUACCGCUUGUCCACAGGCCUGAUGAUCGCAAGCCUCGCGGUGGAGCUGUGUGAAAACGUGAAGCUCUAUGGCUUCUGGCCUUUCUCUAAGACUGUGGAAGAAACCCCACUCAGUCACCACUACUACGACAACACGUUACCCAAACAGGGCUUCCACCAGAUGCCCAAAGAGUACAGCCAGAUGCUGCAGCUCCACAUGAAAGGCAUCCUCAAACUGCAAUUCGGGAAAUGUGAAAUGACUUAACGUUUCUUAAAAUAGGAAUAAUUAAUUGCGGUAGAUGUAAUAGGUGCGUCGUGGUCUCUUCAAACACUAAAGGAGGGUUACAGAAGAGCUCCCCAACGUGGCUAGACCAAAGCUCCCCAUUAACUUUGCAGCCUCCACAAGUCACUCAUUCAACUUUCUUUCUCUGAAAAUGGAGAUCAUGGUAUCAGACUCUGACAAGUAAAACAAAAUGAUUUUUUAAAAAGCCUCUUAGAAUUUGAUUUGAGGGGCUGGCUGAAUGUUUCCUUGCUCCUAUUUGUAAUAGCCAUUUCCACCUUUACCAGAGUUGGUAAUGAAACUGUGCCAAAGACACUUUCUGAAGAGAA